AUAAGUGCACGCUCGCGCGAUUUCGUAAAGGAAAGGGACAAUCGAUUCCGUCCAUCUGCUAUAAAACAACAAUUUUUUACGCACGCGUUCAGUUUCCACGUCGCGGCCCCAUGCCGAUUUUCCCUUUCGCAUUUUUAUAUCCACUAUUGUGACACGAUCGAUACAGGACGUUUCGUGUUGAGAAUUUCAAUCGUGAAAAUGACAUCUGAGUGUCGAAUUUUAUCACCUCCGUGUGGACUCAGUGAUAAUAAAUUAAACAAUUAACCAUGUUAAUUAUACGUAUAUGAGUGACAUUUUUACUCUCAAUUGCAACGUUUCUAUUGGAGAGGAUGAUUUUUGUACCGAGCUUGCCGAAGACUUUUUGGUGGUAUCAGAAGAGAUAGAAUAAACCCUGAUUAUUGUCGUAUGUGAUCUCUGGUGAAACUGUUAUAGUUUCGAUUACACUUUUAAGAGGAACGCGUUGAAAAUGCUGUUGUUAGGGAGACUGGCACGUUGUUACCCUAUGCUGGCUCUCGCAACGAUAAACCUAGUGAUUUCAAUGCCCGCGCCACCGUCUAAACGAACGGAACAGGGGAGCGGAUUCUCGACUGUUCCAAAAAUAUUAGAAAUACAACUGCCAUUAGAGAUCGCGAGCAAAGAAGAUUUAGUCGCUUGGGCCAAGUACGUCAUGAGCUUGAUGGCUUCUAAGAUAAAUAUCACGCUGGGUACAGUGAAAGAGACGAAGACCGGUGGCAACGCUAAAACUUCUGAUAGUAUCAAGGAUUUCGACAACUCGAGACAAUCGCAGAACGUUAAGAGUUCCGUGUCGAAUAAUUUCGACAACGUCAGACCGAUCAGCGGAAAUUUUGCGAGUUUACAGAACUUCGAAAACGCGAGAUACGCGGAGAACGUGAGGAAUCUUGGACACCUAGCUAAUUACGAUCGGUCCAAAAUUCCUGCGGUCAACAUUUUAGAGAAUGGUAGACUCAUUGGAAAUUCAAGGAAUCCUUCGAGAAACGGGAACGUUCAAUCGUCCAAGGAAAAAGUCUACGCUACUCCUAUAUCGGCUUUCACGAUAAACGGAAUAAACGGGCAUGGAUUUUUUAAUAAUCGGCCACUCCCGACUUUUAAUACCUUCGGAAUUUCGCCAACGACUAUCGCCACCCCUCUAGAAAUCAAUGCGAAUAUAAACGUUCCCAGGACGAGAAUCAAGGAUGCUUUUGAUAACUUAAGACCUCAGAAAAUAGAUCAACUAGAAUUCGUUCCUCAGGGUCCAGAUUUUGGGCCGACUAUUAGCGUCAAUAUCCACGAUAUCUUCAGGAACGGAAGCGUCACGCCUCCUUCGAGAGCGUAUCUGCCCGUAACGAGUGACAGCCUCAAGAUUCCGAACGAUCCGUACGUCACUAGAUACUUCUUCGACGGGAUCGAAAAGAAGGUUCCCAGCAAUUUAGGCAUUGUCCCGUCAGAAAUCUCUUUGACAACGCCUAACCCGAGUUUCAGCGAUGAACUACCUUUACCAGUGAAGACCAUCGAUCUGCUGUCGCGACAGAGGAACAUCAGUUCUUUGAAACCGCUGUUUAACGUUCCGUUCGAAGCGGUAAUUACAUUUACUCGAGGAGAAACCAUUGAAACGACCACGUCCAGCUAUGAAAGGGACACGUACUUCGCGAUACCCAGCAGAGAUCCUCCAGAUCAGUUCCCACCGUACUUUGACACCAAUUAUACUUUGACUAACGAGUCCGGGCAGAUCAACGUCGUACUCGACGACGGCACUCAAUUGACCGAAUCGCGGAAUCAAACGAAAGAAGAGAAGAAGAAACAAGAUAAGAAGAAGAGCAAAUCGAAGAAGCCGAAGAAGUCGAAAUCUCGUGAGCCGUCGGUGAUCAGUCAAUUGUUGAAGAGUUUCGUGGCCCUGAGGAGGAACAACACACCGUCUACGAAUCUUACACCGCCUCCUUUCACUCAGAAUGUUGUAUCGACGACGCAGAGGAUUCCGACGGGGCAAAGAAUCCCACCGUCGAGGACCGAAUUGUAUCCUACUCAAAAACCAUCGUCCGCGUUCAAACAAGGAAGACGUAAUCGGACGCAAAAUCUGGAGGACGACGACGAAAGUAGAACUGAGGAAGACAAUGGUAGCAGGGAAGAAAGUGGGAGCGCAGAGAACAACGGUAGCAAAGAAGAGAGUGGGAGCAAAGAGGAAAAUGGAAGCAAAGAGGAAAGCGGAAGCAAAGAGGAAAGCGGAAGUGCAGAAAACGGCAACGAUAAGAGCAACGUCGAAUCAGAAUCGGAAAGCGAGAGCGACUCUGAUGAGAGCGACUCUUCUGAAGAGGAGGGCGGCGGUUCCAUUAAAGCCGUGAUCGAUUUACUUCAGAUCGCCGCGCCUAUUAUAGAAGAUCUCAGUGACCCCGAAUCCGAUGCCGAUCUCGUUGACAUCCUCGAUACUGCCAUUCCUCUUCUUCAAGAACUCUCAGAGGGCGACGGGGAAACCGAAGGAAUCGACAUACCGGGACUCCUAGUGCCCGUACUCCUCCAAUUUAGCAGAGACAGGCAGGGACAGAAGAGAGACUCGGCUGCGAUUCUGACGCCGAUACUUCAAUUAAGCGCUCCGCUAAUUGGACCUCUCGUUGGUCCACUGAUUCUACCGUUGAGUCAUCAGAGUAGCAAGCCACCGGGUCAAGGCGGAUCCUCGUUCGCCGAUUUGUCCAAGUCUUCGUCAGGUCCAUUACUCGAGCCUGCCGGACCUGGAAAGAUGUCUGUACUAUCGAACCUGAUCGCUUCUGUCGUCUCUAGUCUUAGCAAAAAUUCAGGUCCAGGUGGUAAAUCAGACAUAGCAACUCUCGUGAAAGCAAUAGUAGCAGGAUCGAUAUCAGGAUCUAGUGCAGGGUCCAGUGGUGGUCAACAGUCCUACGGGCCACCCCCUAGCUACGGGAACGGUGGCGGGACUUACGGGAACGGUGAUCGUGACUGA